AACUUGCAUGACACCGCGACAUAUGAAUAAGGCGCACGCCUUUCUCUCGUAUAAUUAAUAAAAUGUACUAAGGAUUCAUCAUUUGGAACUGCCUUGAAAACAACACAAUAUGUGUAAUUUUGUAAACAUUAUAUUCCUUUUUCUUUCUUUUCUCCAACCUGUCCACUGUAAGCUUUGUGACGGCAGGUAUUUUGACAUUGUGGGCCGGGUCGUGUUCGGAGAGGCCCGCGGUGAACCAAUGGCGGCCAAGCUCGGGGUCGUCUACACGAUGCUGAACAGAAUGCGCCACGAAGCUUACCCCAACAACCUGUACUCCGUCAUCUACGAGAGAAUGACCACCGGGGACUACAUGUUCCAGACUCUGAACGAUGCCAAUCACACGCUGGAGUGGCAACAGGCCAAAAUCAAUAGAUAUCCGGAAUACGAGGACGUGUUUCAGGCGACAGUGGACGCUUUGUGUCGCUAUAAAUCUGAUCCUACUACAUGUGCGACAAACUUCUGCUCGACUGAUCCGUGUCCUGCCACGGAAUCUAAUCCUUGGUGGCUUGCCACGAAUAAAAUACAAUUAGGAAACCUAUACUUUGUCUGUAGAGUGAGUGCUACGGCGUCUAGAAACUCUCGAGAUCGAGGAAGAGGUUAAAGUGUUCGAAGUGUUCCCGAAUCGUGAGACCUCUAGUGAACACCACUAAAUAUAGAAACAGAAACUUGUAUAUUUAUGUAUAUUCGCCUCAUCAUUUAUUGCGUUUUACGAUAAUGAAAAAUAACAACAAAGCAUACAUUUACCUAUUUUCGAAAAGUUGAUUUUUCUAUAAAAAGACAGGAAUAAAAUAAAGAAUAAAUGGAUAGAGUUGUAGAUAAGUAGAAAGAAAUGGAUGAAUAUCUGUAAAGUAUAGCUUUA